AUGUCUGCUUCAGCUGCGCGAAAUUCCCAUGGCCUCCUGAAGCGUGCUUGGAACGAGAUUCCUGACAUUGUUGGUGGAUCAGUGUUAGCACUCAUAGGAUUAGGAAUGGCAGCGGUAGGAGUUGCUGGAUAUUAUGCUAGAGACGGUGAUAAUCGACGAUAUAAGUUGGGAUAUGUUGUAAUGCGUCCAGAUGAUCCACGUGCUGAAAAAGUCCGAAAAGAUUAAAUAUUUCGGCUGCCUAGUUCGAAAUGUAAAAUCGAUGCUACUAUUAUUUCUAAUGCCGGAUUUGUAAGCGAACAUUCAAAAUAAAUGUACUGACGUACUGGCUUAUAAUUAAGACGA